UUAGAGGGUGACGUAAGCGCGAGGGUGGAGAAAACCCGACUGGGCGUCGUCAUUGUCGUUUGUAAUCCGGCGCGGAGAGUAUCUGCGGAGGGUUCGGGGGGGUGCGCUGGGCGCCGGCUGCGGAGGCCAUGGCCGGCGAGCAGAGCUCCUGGAACAGCCUGACAACACUGCAGAAGGUGGCCCUGGGCCUCGGGGUCCCAGCCAGUGGCGCCAUCCUUUACAUCCUGUACCGCCGCUACCGGGAAACCCAAGAGGAGCGGCUGACGUUUGUGGGAGAAGAGGAGAUGCAAGUGGAAAUGAAGAUACCGAAGGAUGCCGUGAAGCUACUUAUCGGGCGGCACGGAGCCAAUGUCAAGCAGCUGAAGAAGGACACCCAAGCCCGCAUUGAUGUUGAUGUGGAGGAUUCUGGCGAGCAGCGGCUGAUCCGGAUCUGUGGCUCCCCUGUCCAGGUGUGCAAGGCUAAAGCCGCCAUCCAUCAAAUUCUGGCGGAGAACUUGCCCGUGAAGGAAAAGAUUCAGGUGCCCCAGCGCACUGUCGGGCGGAUAAUUGGCAGGGGUGGGGAGACGGUGCGAGCCAUCAGCCAGAGCACAGGAGCCAAGGUGGAUUGCGACCGGGAAGGUAGCCUUUCGCUCACCCGCCUCAUCACUCUCUCUGGGACUCGCAAGGAGGUGGAAGCGGCUAAGCAACUGAUUGCAGAGAAGGUUGCUGAGGACGAGACUUUUCGCAAGAAGCUCUCGCAGGUGGCGUCAGCGCGGUCUCAGCGCAAGCAGCCUUUGGGCACGAGGAGGGAGGAAGCUGCCGCUGGCGACCACAAGGGCCUACCGUGCACCGGAGAAGCCUCCCGUCGGCCACCCAGCCCAUUGCACAGGGAAGGGGCUGGCGAAAAGAUCCCGGAGUAUCCCCCGGAUGAACCGCAGGAGCUGAAGAGCGAAGUCGGAUCUCCCGAGGAUUCUGCACCGGAAACCUCUUGGCUAAGCUCCGUGUUUGAAGUCCCCAGCCCGGAUUUCAGCUUCCAUGCCAACGAGCACUUGGAGGUCUACGUGUCGGCAGCCGAAAACCCCAACCACUUCUGGAUCCAAAUUAUCGGCUCGCGGACCCUCCAGCUGGACAAGCUCACCUGGGAAAUGACACAGCACUAUGAAAGCAGCUGCGCGUCUGAGUUCCCGAACGUGCGCCUGGGGGACAUUGUGGCUGCCCCGUACCUGGAAGAUCGCUCUUGGUACAGGGCCAGAGUCCUCGGCACUCUGGACAGUGGGAACCUGGAUCUCUACUACGUCGACUUCGGGGACAACGGGGAGGCUCCUCUGGAGAAGCUGAGGCAGUUACGGAGCGACUUCCUAAGCCUCCCUUUCCAAGCGAUCGAGUGCAGCCUCGCUUGCAUUGCUCCGGCUGGAGAUCAGUGGGCUGAAGCGGCGUUGGACGAAUUUGACCGUCUCGCCCACUGUGCCAAGUGGAAGCCAGUGGUGGCGAAGAUCUGCAGCUAUCUGCCUUCUGGGAGUAGCACUUGGCCUCAUGUGAGAUUGUACAAUACCUCCACUGGGCAGGACAUCGAUGUUGGGGAAGAGCUCGUGCGGUUGGGCUAUGCGGUGUGGCGCCCUCAGGAUAGAGAUAGGGGCACAGGAGACGGACCCCAUCAGUUGGAGAAAGGGGCAACUUCGAGUGGCCCCAACAGAGCCUUGGGAGAUGUCACAGGGGCAUCCCUGGAGAGCCUUGUCUCAGACACACAGAUAACCCCGGACGAGAUGCCGCACACCUUGUCUUGCCUCAGCCUCUCAGAUGAUCCUGUCGAACAACCCCAGAACGAGACGGAACCACGAUGUCGUUCAGCAUCCACCCCAGAGAGUGUUGCAUCCUCGCUCGAGUCCUUGCAGCUCUCCAUCCUUUUUGACACCCCCCCGGAAGGUCCCCCCUCAAUACCUAGACACAAAAUGGGGAACCGUAGCGGGUACUCUGAAGCAGACCCACCUGUAGGAGCACCAGCUCAGGCCGAGGUGGCAAGAGAGCUGGCCUUCCUCCCAGAUGGUGCGGCAUUGGGGUCUGAAGUGAAACAGACGUCCACCCCCACCGAUCCCUGCCAACUCGGGGAGAUUCCUUCAGCACCCUUGCUCUCGAGCAUAGAUUCCCCCGGUGAGGAGGACUUGUCCUUCACUAAGGCAGACAGCAGCACAUACUCUCCCCGGGGCUACUUCUACUACCUCUCCACGUCUGUAGACAGUUUGGAUUCCUCUGCCUUCUUCUGCAAAGGGUCGCCCUCUCUCGAUGAGUCUCAUCAGGAUGGGUCUCCUUCUAGCCGCUUGGCCCACGGAGCCUUCGGCAACCCCGCUCCUGACAGUAGAGAGAAGGAGGAAGCAUUUGGGGAAGAAGAAGUUGCCUCCAUGUCAGAGAGUGGCGACCUCUUCCCGCUGGACAAUGGUUCCUUGACUCCUUGAGCUGCCCAGAACGGUAAUAGUGGAAAAGCUGCUGAUGUGCCUGGAACAGAGAGCAGCAGGAGCUGUCCUUGCAGCUUUGCUUGCUUAAACAACACGACUGACACUUAAAUGACACGACAGAUCCGCUACAGCCACCGUGUAGUGUUUUCCCAGUCGGUCAAGAAGCUCGAGAACUUUUUCGAUAAAGCAGACUUGUGCUUCCUUCAAAGGUCACAAAGUUAAGACUCUUGUUCUGAGCAGUUCUGGCUUCCCUGACACGAUUUCCAAAGGGAGCUGUGUACACUGAUGUUCUUUAAGUUGCGUUUGAGUAACUCAGGCAGGGUGGGGCGUUCUGUUGGGGGACUUGCAACACGAUGAUGCCUAACUGGUGGGUCGAGUCGCCUUCCUCUUGUUGCGAAGCCUCCUCUCCUGGAGCUAGAUGACCUUGAACUGCAAUCAAGGGCUGCUUGGGCAUUUUGUGCUGCAUGUUGGGAAGUUGAAGGUGUGGAUCUGUUCCCCUCCCCCCCCCAAAAAAUAAAAGUUUAGGCAGAGAGGAAUGUGGCAGUUCUUCACAGUAAAAUUUUGCCAGCCUCGUUGGCCGUACCUGUUUUCUACUUGGUUGGGUGGGCCGAGAGUGGUUUUGAGAAUCGGCUGCAAGAACCUGUCAAGCCAACCUCCCUGCGUAGCGGGGCCAGAGUUGCAGCUUUACCACUUUUCAGAUUCCAGGUGGAAUAGUGGGAAUGCUCACCACUCCUGUUCCAGAGUUAAUGCCCCUUUCAUAUUGCAGAGCUGGAGAAAGAGGAGGUCUGUCCUGUCCGUUCUAAGUUUGUAGGUGCAGAGGGCAUAGGGGAGCGUCCUAAACGGGCGGUCCCCUCCACCCGCAUCCUCAAAUGGCACUGCCCAUCAAGAUUGCAUCGUCUGGCUUCUGCAUGUGUCGAUCGGCUACUUUGAUUAGGCCAGGGGUGGGGACCCUUUGGCUCCCCAGAUGAUGCUGAACCCUAACUCCCAUCUGGCCCAGCAAGAGCAGCCAACGGCCAGGAAUGUUGGGAGUUGUAGUUCAGCAACAUCUGAAGGUUCCCCACACCUGGAUUAGGCUAAGCUUUGAGGGAGCCAAGCCCUUGCUAGACAACAGGGCAAGUGAAAAGUGUCCUCUUACAAGCAGGGGCAGGGGGUAGAGACAGUGAUGAUUGACAGCUAGCAAUUUAAAAUACUUGAAGAGGGAGGCUGAGGGGCGGCUCUCUGACAGCUUAGACCUGGGGUGGCCCGACUUCCAACGUCAUCCCUGACAACUGGCCAUCCUGCCUGGGGCUGGUGGACGUUGGAGUCCAACAGCGUCUGGAUAGCCACAGGAUCCACCACCGCAGCAUAGAUGCUCAAGCCUCGCUUGGCUAGAGUCCUACUUGUGCUCCCCUUUGGCGAUUUAAAAAAGGCCGACCUUUUAUCAAAAGCAAGUGGAUUUGUGUUGUCCAAAAGGCCAGUGCCACCGACUGCCAAUAAGCAAGACUGGUUUGCUGAUUUUGUCUUUAAAAAAAAAAAAAAAAAGUCUCAUCCUGGUUUGAAUACAACAGGAGUCGCUUGCGUUGUCUGCUUUCGGGACAAGGGGUGGGUGGGUUAUACGUGAAAGUUGGAAGCAACAUGGCUCUUUCCAUCUCGUCCUUUCAGAAACGAGGUGUGGUAUGUUUGGACUUGUGGUAUAUGUUGGACUGAUGUUUUGUGUACAUCAGGUAAUAGAUUUUGUGUUUUCUCCUAAAUAAAGGCUUGUUUUUUAGUUCUA